AUGGCUGCCCUGCGGUUGGCCCGCCUCGAGAUGCUCGCCGAGCACUGGCUGUGCCGCGAACGCGUGUUUCGCGACAGGACAAAUCCGUUGGACGCCUUCAGCGAGGAGGAGCUGCAGCGGCGCGUACGCUUCGGGCGGGACGGCAUAGUAUUUCUUGCCGAGUUUCUUCGCUCCGAGAUCGAGCACCCGACGUGUCGGAGUGGUGCUUUGAGUGCCGAGCUGCAGGUGAUGUUGGCACUGAAAUUUUUUGCCUCCGGAUGCUUCUUGAUUACUGCCGGAGAUGUGAUCGGCGCCCACGAAUCGACCGCAAGCCGCACGGUACGCCGGGUUGCCUCAUCAGGUGACCACCCUCGUUUUCUUUCCAGUUGGCCGUCGCCUAGAGAGGUGCGGGGAGUCCAAGGCUGCUUCUACGCUGUCGCUGGCUUUCCGCGCGUCGUGGGUGCAAUUGACGGCACGCAUGUGCGGAUACAGGCUCCUGGAGAGCAUGAAGAAGCCUACGUCAACCGCCACUUUUAUCACUCCAUAAACGUUGAACUUACUAAAUAAAGCAGUGGUUUUCUCGCUUA